AAGACACUUCACGCUGAACGUACUUUCACUUUCUAAGGUUUCUGGAGAGGAACAGAAACCAGGCGAAAACUUUGAAGAAGAGAGAGAGAACUUUGGUGCAAAGCUAAACUGACAUAGCAUAUAACCCAAACAAGAGGAUGGCAGCUGGAGAACCUGCUGGGGAAACUGCACUUGAAGCUGAAGAUGAGGAAAGGAAACUUUCCGGAGACGAAACAGACGCCAGUCCUGACCGCAGAGGAAGAUUUCUGCUGUUUGGAAGUAAGAAGAAUAAGGAUGGCCAGAACCGGGAACAGGACUACUCUUCUGAAAGCCAUUACAGAAUUGUUUCACCAACAUUCCAGUAUAAGAUGAGCCACCAGCGAGUGGGAAAGUGCAUUAUCAUCAACAACAAAAACUUUGAUGAGAAGACGGGGAUGAAUGUACGCAACGGCACAGAUCGAGACGCGGGAGAGCUCUUCAAAUGCUUCAAGCAAUGCCUCGGCUUCGAUGUCUUCAUCUACAACGAUCAGACAUGUGAGAAGAUGGAGCGUCUUCUCAAAGAAGCCUCGGAGGAAGACCAUAGUGACAGCUCGUGUUUCGCCUGUAUCCUGCUAAGCCAUGGCGAGGAGGGCAUGAUCUACGGGACAGACGGAGCCAUGCCCAUCAAGUCCAUGACCUCAUUGUUCAGGGGCGACAUGUGCAAAAGCUUAGUCGGAAAGCCAAAACUCUUCUUCAUCCAGGCUUGCCGGGGUUCUGAAUUUGACGACGGUAUACAGACAGAUUCGGGUCCGCCCAACGAUACCCUGGAGACUGAUGCUAAUCCCAGACAUAAGAUCCCUGUGGAGGCAGAUUUCCUCUUUGCCUACUCCACUGUGCCAGGGUAUUACUCAUGGAGGAACCCAGGGCGCGGCUCCUGGUUCGUCCAGGCGCUCUGCACCGUCCUCAACGAGUUCGGCAAGCAGCUGGAGAUAAUGCAGAUCCUGACCCGGGUCAACUACAUGGUGGCCACCAGCUUUGAGUCCUGGUCCGAAGACCCCCGCUUCAGCGAGAAGAAGCAGAUUCCCUGCGUGGUCUCCAUGCUGACAAAAGAACUGUAUUUCAACUGAGCGCACUGUAUGACAUUACAGACUGACCGACUGUUUCAGGUACCGCCUUAACAGUCAAAGCAUUCAGGGAUCAUUCAGGCCCAGCAGGAGAUAGUUGGGCCCGAAAAAAACAAGCACUCCGCUUAAAGAAAAAAAUGUAAAGUGGCACUCCGCGUUCAUGUGCUGAUGGUGAAACUUCUUCCUCUUCUUCAGGUUAUUCUUCGGGAAUAACGGCGUCACAUUUGAACUGAUCUUUUUUUGACAGGCAUGUGAAAUAUCAAUGUUAUUCCACCAGCCCGGAAAAUGUGCUGCCACUUUUUGUGGGUUGGGGGGAAAUCAUAUCUGAAUAUGUGUCUCUCCAUUUUCCAGCAUAGAUUUUGAAAGGACGAGUAGAAGGGAAGGCUUCAGGCUCUUGCAUUUAUUACAUGAAAUGGGUUUUGAAUAACUGAAAUAAUUUGCAUUUAGGGUUCUGAGAGAAGUCUCUCCAGAAAUAGAUGAUAUCCUGUCUGAGGCAGUCACCAUUACAACGUUGAAUCCAGGUGAAUGUUUAAAAGCCUAUAGAAAGUGUAUUGAAUAGAGUGAUUGAUUAAAAAAUCCUUUGAUUGCCAUAGGAGAGAUGAAGGAGCCUCUGGAGGGACAUCUGGAAAAUGGAUCAGAUCAUUUUCAGCUAUUUGUGUUUCCACGUUUUCAGCUGUCAAUUGUCAGAAAAACAGACGACAAAAAAGGCAACACUCCUCCGAGCAGAAACGUGACGGUGCGUUUGCCAAAGGCUCGGUGUCUCCGCCUUCCUAGCGCGUUUCUGUUGGUAGCUGCAUGCUGGCAUCCUCAGGUUCUUUAAUGUCCCAGGAAGUGGGGUAAUGUAAUGUUAAAGAAUGUCAUACAUGUACUGCUAGGAAGGUGUGAUCUUUUGCUGUGUAGUGAUUAGUUCUAUGAGAUUUUGGGUCAAGUGCAUAGUAAAUAGUCCACUCCCACAAAGAUUAUUUGCAAUUAGCCAGUUUUUUCUCUGCCUGAUGUUAAAGACUUUACUUGCUUCUUUUUUUUAAAUCAGAGUAAGUUAAGUUUGUGUAUUUGCAUAUCAUCAAAAUGACUGUCUUUUCAGUCAGGGUCCAACAAAUCAGUUUAUGAAUUUCCCUUAUUUAAUCUUUAAAGUUAGACAUUCCUUUUUAAUAAUUGUAUUAAAUAAUAAGAUACAUGCUGUAUGAUUGUUUACACUAGCACAAGAACUUGAGAAUGUCAAAAACUGUGUUGUAAAUUUGGGAAAUAUCAUAGUGUAAGGCUGGACUAGGGCCCAAAGCACAAAUGCCACAUAAUUUCACUGUAUAUUAGUGUUGUACACUGUCAUAACAUACACUUCAUCCUGGUUACAGUUGCCUAGCAAUGUCUUCCUAUUAUUUUUUUAGUAGAUCUUUGAAUUAGAAAUAUUCAAAGACCCAAGUCAGAAAGAAAAACAUAUUAUUUUGAAGCACUUAGUGCACCCUGCCAAGUUUUUAAAAAACAACACAGCUUCAUUUAGUUAUUUUCAUUGAGCUAUAGGGUAGAAUAUAAUAUUUUAAAUAUUAUAGACAUUUGCUGAUGGUCAUUACAACUUACACAAAGUUUGUUUCUGCAAUUACGCUGUGUUAUCGUGCCAACGUCUGUCAAUCACAGAGGCAGCUAUUACUGGUGGUGACAAGUCUGAACAAACACAAUCCACAUGUCCGCAAUACACACUCUCAUUGUUGCUGCAAUGUUUUUACAUUAUUCACAUGACUGCAUGUGUCAGUGACGUAGGGGAAAAGUUCUGCAAUAUAUCUUGAUAUGUCAUUUUAUUUUACCUUUCACUCCUUGUAUUUUGUAUUAUUUUAAUCACACUUUUCAAUCAUAUUUCUAGUUGCCAGGAGUGUGAUCAGUAGUGGCUUCAGUUAGAGACACGUCCUCUUUAUACCCAGUGCACUUGUCCAAUCGAGCGAUGUGGUGCCUAACCUGUUCUGAAAGGAGUGUUUGCUCCACUUGUUUUGGAUUGGAAUUUGAAAGAGGGAAAAUUAUUUCUUAUGGGUACAUUUGAAAUGCUUUCCAGUGUUAAAUGCUGUUGUCCUCAGGAAUAUAUUUUUAAAAGAUUUGGAAAAAUUAAUUAAUUACACUGAAACUAUAAUCUGGCCCAUUUUUCUUUUCUAAUUUGGGGCACUAUCUUGUUUAUACAAUCUUCAAAACAGAGGAAUGCUUAUGUAAACAUUUGAUUGUAUUAAACAUAAAGACUUUAUUCUCUAA